GUCCUAAGCGCUGAAGCGCCCGCCCUCUUUUCUCUCUGGGAAGCUCGACGUUGUGAAGCUCGGACCGGGACACGAUUAUUAAAAUAAUUCCCUAAAACUCCGCAUUCAGUGCCGUUCAGGGUGAGUCUCAGCCCAGCGACCGCGUCCUGCUGUGCGGAUCUCAGACCCCCACCAUGACUGAUGAUGGAGGAGUCGGAGAAAAUGAGCACGAGUUUCCAGCUCAUUAUAAAGUCAUGCUGGAUAAACUGAACGAACAGAGACAACUGGACCAAUUCACCGACAUCACACUGAUCGUUGAUGGUCAUCAGUUUCGAGCCCAUAAAGCUGUGCUGGCUGCCUGCAGUCAGUUCUUCCAUAAGUUCUUCCAGGACUUCACUCAGGAGCCACUGGUGGAGAUUGAGGGAGUAAGUAACAGUGCGUUUUGUCACCUUAUGGAGUUCACCUACACAGCCACACUCGCUCUGAGAGGACAGGAGGAAGUUUUGGACGUGUGGAGAGCAGCUGAAUAUCUGCAGAUGCAGGAAGCCAUUAAAGCUCUAAACAAAAGAGUGAAGAACAAAGACAGAAACGGCACACUGAAGUCCGAGCCUCAGCCCCUCUCUGAUAAAACCAAAGCUAAGAAGAGAAAAAUCGCAGAGACUUCGAACGUGAUCACGGAAACCCUGCCAUCGGUGGAGGCAGAGACAGAGCAUGUGGAGAUCGAGGUGGAGGUCGAGGAAGAAGCCAUUGUGCAGGAGUGCGUGAUGGAGGAGGAGGUGCUGGAUGGAGGCAGGGAAACAGAUGACUCCGCCCUCGCCCUGCUCGCUGACAUCACCAGUAAAUACCAGCAGGGGGCGCAGAACAUGAAGAAAGCCAUUGAGGAGGCAGUAGAUCUGCAGGAGGAGGCAGUGAUGGCCACCAAAACGCUGGAGGGGAUCGAGGUGGUGGAGGUGCAGAUCUCUGAUAACACGUUCCGCUGUGAUAAGUGUGAUCGGUGCUUUAAGCUCUUCUACCACCUGAAGCAGCACAUGAAGACCCACACGGCGAGCUCAGAGAAACCGUUCGUGUGUAAACACUGCGGGAAGACGUACGCUCGGGAGGGGGCUCUCAAACAACACGUCAACACGUGUCACUAUGACGCAGAGGAGCUGAACAAGAGGCUGAAGAAGAAGGUGCACAUGUGUGUGUACUGCAGUAAGGAGUUCGACCACUUCGGGCAUUUCAAAGAGCACUUACGGAAACACACGGGUGAGAAACCUUUCGAAUGUCCAGACUGUCACGAGCGCUUUGCCAGAAACAGCACGCUGAAGUGCCACAUGUCGGCCUGCCAGAACGGCGCAGGAGCCAAGAAAGGCCGGAAAAAACUCUAUGAGUGUCAGGUGUGUGAUGAGGUCUUCAACAGCUGGGAUCAGUUUAAAGAUCAUCUGGUGAUCCACACAGGUGACAAACCCAAUCACUGCACGAUGUGUGAUCAGUGGUUCACUCACGCCCGAGACCUCACGACUCACCUACAGCAACAGCACGCAGUACACCAGGAGGACGGAGCGACGGGGGAGGAACGAGUGGAACUAGAGGAUGGAGUGAUGGUGGAGGAACAGGUGGAGCUGCAGGACGGAGUAAUGAAAGAACAGGUUGAGCUGCAAGGUGCUGUGAUCGAGGGACGAGUGGAGCUGCAGGACGGAGUGAUGGUGGAGGAACGAGUGAUCAUGGAAGGACAGAUGGAGCUGCGGGACGGCAUGAUGAUGGAUGGACAAUUGGUCCUGCAGGAAGGAGUGAUGGAGCAGCAAGUGAUUCUGCAUGGUGGAGUUGUGAUGGAGGGACGAGUGGAGCUGCGGGACGGAGUGAUCGAGCAGCCGGUGGUUCUGCAGGACGGAGUGGUGAUAGAGGAGCGAGUGGAGCUGCAGGACGGAGUGUUAGUGGAGAACCAGGUGGAGACGGUGAUGAUAGAAGUGGAGGAAGAUGGAGUAAAAGAACAGACACAGAGUGUAGACGUAUGAAUGGGAAUAAUGGUGAAGAAGUGAAGUGUGGAUAUUUAUUUUUGUAAAGCAGUGUGUUCUCUCUAACAGCUUCCACAGAGAGUUGUGUUACACCAUGAGGUUUAGGAGCCUGUAUCAUGACUUUCUGGAUUAGGUUUCGUUCCUGCAAAGUUUCUUCAAUUUCGGGAAAAAACUUUUUUUAUCCAGAAAAUUCUGCUCCUUAAAGACAAAAACAUUGAGGAUGGAAGUCGUGUGGGCGGAGCUUAAGUCGGUAUCGGCGCAUGCGCGCUGUGGGAAGUGACGCGUUUAAAGGGUUAUUUAUUUUGUCCUGCAUCUGGUCUGCUUUCGUAACAUGUUUAUUAUUAUUAUUAUUAUUAUUAUUAUUUUCCUCUUUUGUAAAGACUUUUUGGAUGUGUUUGUUUUUUUUAAGCUGAACAUCUUUACUAGUUAUUUUUGUAAAAUAUUGUGUUUAUUUAGGAGCUUUGUGACUAAAGGGCUUCACAUCAUCUACAUCUUUUAUUAAAGAGGUUCAGAAUAAAAAGUUAUUCCUGACUGUAAUCCGUUUGUACAAUAAAAUCAAAUCUAAA